AUACGUUUCAACAACUUCUAUUAUCAUUUUUCCAAAUUGAGAAAAGCAGAGAGAGAAAGUAACACUUAAAGAGAGAAAAAGAAAAGGGGAGAGGGUUCAUCAACGAAGAAAAGCCUCCUUGCAAAUCUCAUGAACUGUGGUGUCGUCUUGGGUUUCUACUGCUGGGAUUGGGAGUUCUUAACCGCCCUUCUUCUCUUCUCACCCACUUUUUUCGUCUCCUCAUUUUAAUUCAUAUAUUACAUUCGUUUCUAAAUAAUUGCACGUAGUAUUUUAUUUAAUUUCUUUUUAAUAUAAAGUUAUUUUUGAAGGACGUUUCAAUUCUCAUAAAAGGGAAAAGAAUAGUAUUAUUUGUAAAGCUAUAAAAAAGGGGUAAUUAAUAAAGGUUUAAUUAGUACUAAUAAUAUAAUGGAGGGUGUGAGUGCAAAGGGAUUGUUAGAGUAUGGAAUAAUAAGGAAAUCAAAUCCACCACCCUUCUUGUUGAAGACCUACAUGCUUGUGGAUGAUCCCGACACCGACAUCGUCAUCUCGUGGAACGAACGCGGCACCGCCUUCGUCGUCUGGCAGCCGGCGGAGUUUGCCCGGGAUUUGCUCCCUACUUUCUUCAAGCAUUGCAACUUCUCUAGUUUUGUUAGGCAACUCAAUACUUACGGGUUCAGGAAAGUGGCAACAACCAGGUGGGAGUUUUGCAAUGACAUGUUCCAAAAAGGAAAGAAGGAAUUACUCGGCCAAAUUCGACGCCGUAAAGCCUGGGCCCACCGCCCACAACCAGCACCACCGACAAACAACCAAACAAGCUCAGAAGCUCCUCCCAGUAACCAUGAUGAUGAUCAAAGAUCCUCAUCAACUUCAUCAUCGUCUGAGCUCAACAUUCUAGUGGAUGAAAACAAGAGACUAAGGACGGAAAAUAGGGUGCUAAGCUCAGAGCUCACAGCCAUGAAGAACAAGUGCAAGGAACUACUUGACUUGGUCGCGGUCUACACAAAUCAAAAGGAAGAUAGCAAAGGCAACGAUGAUGAUGACAACGAUAACAACAAAGAACAGCCAAAGCUGUUUGGGGUUAGAUUACAAGUCCAGGGUGAAAGGGAAAGAAAGAGGAAGAGGUCAGAAGAGGUUUAUGAGACAGCAAGACUUAUAUUAUCACAGUCAUGCAAGUAAUUACAUGGCUAUGUAUUAGUAUGAAUGCAACUUCGUACAACUUGGUUUAGCUGUCAUAGUCUUAGAUAUUUCUCCUGAAAGAUAAAGUUUGAACUUAAUUAGGGAUGAAUUCAGGAACAUAAUUGUAGAUAAAUGUUUCUUCUAGUUUGCAAGCAACUGGAAAUCAAUAAACAUUCGACAUUUCAAAA